AUGGAUGACGGCGACGGCGGUGCGUCUGUCGCGGGUGGUGCCGACAGUGGUGACGAAGUCGACGGCGACGGUGACGGUGACGACGACGACGACGAUGACGACGACGGUGACGAAGACGAUGAAGAGGUGGACGCGGGGGUCGACAACCUAGUCGAAGACCAACUACACCACCACCAUCAUCUUCACCACCACCACCAGCAGCAGCAACAGCAGCAGCAGCAACAGCAACAGCAUCACCACCACCACCACCACCAGCAGCAGCAGCAUCAGCAACAGCACCAACAACCGCAGCAACAGCAGCUGCAGCAGGUGGACGGCGGUGGCCGGACAGUCAAGCAACACGCCGAGUUGGCGCAAAUGCACGCUGCCACCGCUGCCAUGCUUUAA